CUCUUGGUUUUACUAGAGAUUUUCCUCUUGAAUUAGAUAUUGGUAGAAUGGAUAUUGAAUACCGUCAUUGUGGAGCACUUCAUUUUCAAAGAGAGCGAACUGGCAAAGACUUAGACCAAUUUAUGUCCUGUUGUUAUAAAGGCACUGUCGUAUUACUAUCUUUAUUACCAUUUCCUGAUGAGCUAAAAUUACUUUUUCUUAGGAAUCAUUCACUAUCCAAACUAUUUCACAAACACAUUCGCAAAUAUAAUGGACAAAUAUAUCACUUUCUUGGACCAGCACAGCCAAAUACAAAUGAAGUUCCAACCUUUGAACAACUUUAUUUUAUGGAAACAGCUGAUGCACAAAUACACCGAAACAAUAACUCUAUUAAUGCAAAUCUUAACACUAAUCUGUUAUCAUUUUUAGAUGAACAAGAAGAACAUAAUAUAGCAAUAAAUCAAGGAUGCCAACCAAUGGAAAUUCAGAUAGUUUUUGAAAAUGAUUAUUGUCUUGAUCAAUGCCGAUACAAUGCACCACAUAUUAAUGAAGUUGCUGCUCUUAAUGCAGAUUGUGAUCCAAUGUCAUAUCCAGUAUUGUUUCCAGAAGUUGAUGCAUAUGUAAAAGUUGAUGCAACAAGGUUAAAUUAUCAACAACAGAAUCAGAAAACACUACGAGCUGAAACAUAUUGUGGACUAGCAGAUUAUUUAUUUGUUGCUGCUGAGGAAAAGAUGCUACCAGAUAUUGUUGGCAAAGUGUUUAAACUUAAGCUUUAUAUGCUAAUGGAGGAUUUAUUAAAAAAUGAAAUUUUAGAAAAAGUUGUUGCUUACACAAGAGGCUAUGAUUGUGCAAAGUUGCAAUUAAAAAAUAUUGAAGGAAGCAAUGUGCAAGUACUUAAUUAUGAUGAAAUUUUAACCUUUAUAGAUUCCCAAUAUGUUAGUGCAUCUGAGGCUUUCUGGAGAUUAAGUAAAUAUAAAAUGCAAGAAAAAUCUCACACUGUAAUUCAAUUACCUGUACGUUUGCCAGAAAACCAAACUGUUUAUUUCAAUAAUGAAAAUGAGGCUGAGGCUCUUGAUUCUUUGCAAGCUCAAAAUACAAUAUUAACUACAUGGUUUGAAUUAAAUAAACAGAAUACUGAUGCUAGAAAAAUUAUAUAUCAUAAUAUUCCAUUAUUUUAUACCUUUGAUACAAAAACUAGAUUAUGGAAAAAAUGA